CAGACAAAGGUAGCGACGAUUUCUACUCCAAGCGGCGUCACCUGGCUGAGCUGGCUGCCAAAGGUAGCCUCCCCUUGCACCCAGUGCACAUGGAGGAAGAUCGGCCGUACAUCUUGGAAGGGGGCACCAUGAAACAAAACGGACAGAAAUCCAAAGUCCCCAAGCCCCAUAUGCACCCCUUGGCCUACAAGACCUGGGACCCCAGCGACCAGUCCCUUCGGAGACAAGCCUACGCCACCAAAGGCAGGAACUUCAUGGGCGAUCCGGCCGCCAGGGACCCCUUGACCACACGGAGUCAGCAUUAUUUACCCACACAGCCAUAUUUCAUCACUAACAGCAAGACAGAAGUGACUGUCUGAGGCCAAUGUCUCUGUUUGGGCUCCUUUGUUUUGGUUUUUUUUUGUCUGUGUGUUUGGUUUUUAAAAGAAAGAAUUUUAAAAAAAACAAAGCAAAGAUUUGUCAAGAGAAAACAAAACAACAAGCCAGGUUUCACUUGAAGCCAGGAAAGUCCAACGUUCCCUGGUUGAAGAGCGACAGAGCUAUCUCUUCAAGGGAAGCACCUGUCAAAGACUUGGGUCAGCGCGAUAUAGCAAUAUUCCGAAGUUUGCUGACACUUUUCUAUUCCACCUUGGGAAAUUUGACUCCUUCCAACCGAAUUCCCUUCCUUCUCCAAACCGAGAUCCAUGAUGAGAAAGUAGCACAAUUUUAGAGGCCAACCGUCCACUUGGCUUGAGAACUCUUCCCGCCUUCCAGGAGAGGAAGGGGAGACUUUGAUACAAGCAGGAUUAUUAUUCCUGGUCUUACGAGGAUUAUUAAUAAUAAUGAUUAUUUUUUUUUGCUACAGAUUUUCAGAAUGUUCUCUAGUCACUCCAUCUGGGAAUGACGGAAGGCUAAAAAACCAAGAGCAGAGACUGAAAGGGCAUCAUCAUCCUGACGAACGUCUGGGGUUUUGGGGAGGGGUCUUUUUUUGGGGUGGGGUAAGGGGUACCACCGCUUAACAAAACAAGCAGGCAAGCAAAAAAAUACACAGAGAUCACACAUCUCGCGUUAAGAAGGAGCAAAGACUCCUGCGCCCAUCCCUACAAGACUGUUACCAUUCAACGAAUUGCAAAAGACUUUCUCGCCGAUGGAAACGCUCGGCGUUUUUCAGUCUCGCAUCAUCUGUUUUUCCAGAUCCAUAUGGGCCAAGAGUGACAUGGUCAGGAACCCCUCCUCCUGUCCUAAAUCCUUCAUCCCACAGCACCCAAGUUACUUUCUCUCCAGCCUGCUUGGCGGUGUUUUUUCCCCCCCCUUCCUUAACCUAGUUAAUGAUUCUCAGUUUUCAAAUUACUUUGGGACUGACAAUAACUACUGUAAGCGUGGGUGGUGCCUUUAUCGUAUUAUUAAUGUUUGAUGACUGUCUUGUUUUUAAGUGAAAUCUGUACCGAUUUCAGAUGCUUCCCUCACCUCUAAGGCUUCUGUUCUGUUUCCUUUCCUUUCCUUUUUUUUAAAAAAAAGCUGAGAAUACACAAAUGUCACCUUUAUAAUGUCUUUUUUUUUGCAAAGCCUGGAAUUGUCACUCCUUCUUGGUCACUUCUCCUGUUGAAAACUGACUUUCCCUGCCCUCUGAUUUUCAGAGUAUUCUGUUGUUACUGUUUAUGUUAAAACUUGUUUAAGUCUAUUUUGAAUAUUUCUCUUUUCCUUCCUUUCUUCCUUCCUUCCUUCUUUCCUGGUUCUCACCAAAUCCUUCCU